AAUGAUACACACCAAUAAACAGAUAAAUUCACAGAAGAAAACACCAAUAAAUGCAACAAAUUACGUUCCAAGGCAAUAGAAGGUGUAAUUCACACAAGAACGACACUUGUUUUACAUGUUUGCUGUUACGUUCGUAUUAAAACAAGAAACUGAAAUAACGCAAUACAGAAUCAAGAUAUUUUCGCGUCGUUGAUCAUUGCAUAAAUAUUACAUGCACUGAUAUAUAUAAUAAAAUACAUGUCAACAAUCCUAUCUUCCAGGGAAAAUUUAAAGCCCAACUUAUCGAAAGCUGCAUUGUGUCACCUGGAAACAAAAAAAGGUGUUCAUGAUACAGAGAAUAAUUCCAAACUCCAUUGAAAUUGGAAUGUAAAACAGCUGUGAAAUAUCUGUUCGCUCUCAAAAAACCUCAUCCAGUUCAAGCUAAGUGUUUCGAAAAAAUCCUACAGCUAUGCGGAACAUUUCAAUAACCCUGUAUGAUGCUGACAAAAACUACUAGCUGGCGCUGGAUGAAUCAGAUUGAUGAACAAUGAAAAAACCAGCUGAUUAUUAUGCCAAAUCCGUCAUUUAUUCGAUGCACAAAAAAAUUUAAAGUACAAUCAUUGAAAAAGCGCAAUUAACGCCCGGCAUUGAGCAAAAGGGACUCCACGUUAAACCAACAAACCGGAGAAUGAGCAAAAUCCUUCAGAAGUGGUGUGUCCACAAUGGCACAACAGUAUCCCGAUUGGACAACCCUGCCAAACGAAAUUCUGGGGAAUAUUUUUAAACUCCUCCCCUCUCGUGAUAAGAUGAGUUUCUCCUCAACAUGCAGACGAUGGAGAGAUGCGGUAGAAACACCCUCGCUUUGGAAAAAACUUAAUGUUAAGGUGGAUGAGGAUUUCAAUGAGCCAAGUGUAAUAUUUCUCACUCAAAACUAUCAUCACUACAUCGAAGAGCUGGAAAUAGGAUGGAGCGUUCCGUAUGUCCUGAGUGAAAAAGUGUUUUGCUUGCGACACAAGGAAACCGUGAAGAGAGUUGGAAGAUUUCUGAUUCUGCUAUUUGAGCGCUUUGUUCAAGUCAAACAUCUGGUGAUCCACGAGUGGUACGAUAUUUACCAACUUAAAAAGCUCUGCUAUCUGCUAAUGCGGUUCCUUAAACAGCAAAAUCGAUUGGAAAGCCUCACUUUAAUAAACGCCAACAUGAACGAAAUGAACUUCAGCAAUCUCUUGAUGGCUUGCCUAAGAUCCAAAUCAACCAUCAAACACAUCGCUCUUCACUACUCCACCUACAACUCGCGCAAAUACUUUGAUAGCUGGAAUUUCGCAAACUCCGUGGAAAUGUUCUACAACUUGGAGACUCUCACUAUUGACUGCUGGAUAUUUCUACUAUUUUUCAACAAGGUUUGCAUACUGCAAGUGAGGAUUUGCAAGCUCAAAACGUUGAAUUUAUAUAUGGAUGAUACAAUCCGGAAACUCGAUACGAUAUCCAUAGUGCGGGAAAGCCAGUGGGAAAUGUUUUUCGUUUACCUCCCAAGAGCCACCGUGAAUCUAAAUGUGGACAAACCAAUGCGGGAUGAGCAGUUUAAGAAAAUCAUUCAAAAGCAUUAUCCUUUGAUAACAUUUACCUGGAACUACCCGAAUUAUAAGGAAUCUUGUUACGUCGAUUGUUGCCAAUGUUUGGAAAGACUUGCAAACUUGCAAUUCAAAACUCUGGAGAAUAUACGAUUAACAUUGCCACUUAGCGAGGAACAACUAAAAGACAAAAUUGGCUACAUCCAAAAAAAAUGCCGCAAAGUCAAGUCCUUCGUGUUUAAUAAUGUAGAACUUAUCAAGAAAUUCACCCACUUUGAGUCCCCUGUUCAGAACGGUGUAACUUAGAUUAAAUAAAUAAAUUUAAAAAAGUCA